AUGUCACAAGGCGAAACCGAGUCGCUCAAAGACUUCAUGGCACGGUUCAAGCAGAUCAUGGCACAUUGUACAGUGGACGACGAAGCCGCCCUCGAAGCGCUAUAUCAGAAAACGUGGUACAAAUCCCCCUUUCACAAGGAACUUCGCAGGAAUAGACCACUCACUCUGGAGGACGCGCUUCACAAAUCAAACAUUUUCAUCGCGGAAGAAGAGGAGGAAGCCGCCAAAGAUCGGCAGUAUUUAGCGUCAAAACCCGACCAGACCUUGGCUGUCAAGGAGAACUCGGAAACAAAAGCCCAGCCCGGCAGGCAGCACGGAGUAGUGAACCAAGCCGGACCGUCAAACCAUAAACCAGGGCGGCCACCAAAGUCUUGGAAUACAUGGAACAGAGAGGACGAUACGCCACUGCAUGAACGUUUUUGCGAGUAUCACGAGCGAUAUGGGCACAGCUCGGAGGAAUGCCAGCAUUUGAGGGAUUUCUUACUUCAACAAUUCCGUAAGGGGGAAGUCGCCACCGCGGAUCUGCCUAAACCCGGACACCGACGGCCGAACCCGCGACAAAACAAACCCGGUAACCAGGAGACGGCGAAGGCAGCCGAUUCUGAUGAAGAGAAGAAGGUCAACAUGAUCAUGGGAGCCCUCGAAUCGUGCAACUACUCCGUCAGAGCACUGAAAGAGUAUAGCCGGCAGGCAUCGAGUUCACAACCCCAGACAACGGUGGCAACUGUACCAUUAUUAUUCACUGAUGCCGACCUGCGGGGAGUGCACAUGCCUCAAAACGAUUGCCUCGUCGUCGAGCUUCAGCUCGGAGUUGUCGAAGUAAGCAGGAUAUUAAUUGACAUUGGGAGCUCGGUAAAUGUCAUCGGCAAAGAAACACUUAAGAAUAUGGAUUUCCCGGAUUCUGAAAUCAAGCCCUACAUGGAGUCGUUAACCGGGUUCACCGGAGAGAAAACAAGGAGAGUUGGAACGGUGAAGAUACCAAUCUAUGUCGGCGGGUCGGCACGAAUGAUCAAGUUCUUGGUUCUCAACAAGCCGGCAAUAAAUAACGCUAUUUUGGGAACACCUUGGCUGUUCGACAUGAAAACUGUCGCUUCGACAUCAAUGCGUCAAGUUCCCGACCCCGUCAGGGAUCUACACCCUUAA